AUUUUCUCAUCAUCGUAAUGACAAGGCGUUCCUUUGAGAGAGAAUUGAAAGUAUAUGCAUAUAUACACAUACAUAGAGAUGCUAAAUAGCAAAUUAUAAUUAUCGUAAAAAAACCAUGUAAUUUAGCAUUAACUUUUCAGAGAGACCUCGCAAUAAAGUCCACGCAAUAAUAUUUAUAUAAUUUAUAUAAUUUGAAGCAAUCGACUCACGAAUUCGUUGGUACAUUAAGAGAAACACUACACUCUUUCCACUAUAUUAUUCUUAUUAUUGUAUAGAGAUUAUAUACCCGCGUGAACCUUCCGAUAAGAUAGCAACAAUCAUGGCGCAUUGAUAUUCAGAAGUCCUCAAUUCGUUUGACAGAUAAAUUGCUUUACCAGUGGUUUUGUUGCAUUUUUACGUUCCAGUGCAAUCAUCUCGUGUUGAUCAUUCAAGAUGAAACAGACGCUAAUGAUUAGAGAAGCUGGGCAUUUCGUUGUUCAAAGCCUAUUACCGUGCCCGGAUGUUCGCAACUAACGCUUUGAUAGUCCCCUCCCAGAAUUAACACAGAGAUGCUGGAUCUGUGCCUGUGACACGUUGUAUAAAUUGUGCUGUUUGUGUCUAUGUAUGUCAUCGUGAUGUGUGUAUGUCGCGAAACUUGCAUGCUCAAUUUAGAUUGGCAAUGAACGAACCAUGAGUAAAAUUCUCCGUCAUGCAUUUUUGCAAUUAAAUUCGAAUAUUCUGACUGGAUACUGUAAAUAAAAAACGCAUAGUUGGAAAAUGUAGGAAAAAUAACGUGAUGCAUCUAAUUUAUCAACGGAAGUAAUAGAACAUCAUAUUUUAAUCAUCAUCCUAUAUUAGCAGAGACUGUAAAAAACAGCAUAUUUCUUCUGUCAAAGAAGAAUACAAAUUUUUUUUAAUUCGAAUUGAGACUACAAUAUUUCGAGUUGCUAUAUUUUGAUUUAUGGCAAUCAUAUCAAUUGCAUUAAAACGAUGUAGAAUGAAACAAUAAUGAUCAAUAAAAUUGAACGAUUAUGUACGUUGCACGAUUAUGUACGUGGCGCGUAAUACCAGAGUUUUCCGUCCCGAAUUUCUCGAUUCAUCAGAAUUAUUAAAUAUAUCGUGGUUUCACAGAUUAAGCAGAUUACAUUCAGUUAGUUAAAUCGUUUUGUCGAAGGUUGGCGCCGCGUAGAGAGACGAUCUUGCGUGGUCUACUACGUUAACAUCUAGCGUAGGCGAAAAUUCUGUUCGCGGCGUUCUUGGACGAGGUAGAAACUCGCGCGAAUUCGUAGAGCAAACUUUUUAGAGUCGACAACAAAUUGUUCAUCAGUGCAAUAAACGUUCGCCACCGAUAUAAAUUCCGUCCGUGCGAUCAAAUAAUUGUACUCUCGGUCAAACAAUAAUUGUAUACGGAUUGAUUAUCUGGAGCACUGAAUCAUCUGAGACGACAAACACGAUCGUAGGCAUCGAAAUGAAAAUUACCUGGUAAAUUGACAGUAAGUAAUAGACGUUGCACAGCUAUAAAGAUUAAUUUUGUGGAAGUUUUAUCGGUGCAGACACAAAUACCGCGUCCUCCGAUCUAUAACAACAAAUGGAAAACUUGUAACGGUUGGAUGCAUCCUGAGUGCAUUGGAGUUGUCGAGUUCAACGGUUAAACAAGCACGGAGACACGUAAACAUUUCAUGUUCCAAUAUCGCUUUGUCCGUUCGCCGACCACCGUUCAGUCGGGUGUCUGCUCCUUCGACGGUCUAUCGUCGAGUCACAUCGUCGCGAAUCUUGUCUAAUUUAAGUGAUUUUCAGAUAAUUCGCUGUGCAUUUGUUUAUAAAAAUUGCAAGAAUUACGUCUAGUUAAAUUUCAUAUAACGCGACACUUUUAAAUAAUUGUGUUAAAUAUAUUCAAUUUACAAAAUGUCGUUUUAAAUGCAGCAAAAAAGGCAACCUGUGAAUUGAGUGAUAACGUGCUUCUAUGCGGUAUAAAAAUUCGAAGAUUGCUUAUUAUGUGUCACUUGAGGAGGAUCUCAUAAACAACAUGCGUAAUCUCCCCCUCAUUGAAUUUUUCAGAAAACAAAACAACUUUAUCAACGAGAAGUCAUCUUUUCUACAGGUUUCCAAAACAAGUUCUAUAAAUAAAUUUAAGAGAGAUCGAAUAUACAGUUGCAGAUACAGAACUUUCGAUCGUUAUACUGUGAUAUCGUGCGAUCGUGAAAUAACAGUGAUUCCCCAUAUAUAUAUACAUAUAUAUAUCGUCGUAGAGAAUAGAAACAUUCAUCACGUGACUUUGCGAGCAGGGUCAUGGCUGUGAAAGAGUGGUUCAGAAGGCUGCAACCGGUGCAGUUGUACCUGGUGCUUUUUUUCACCACGGCCUUUUUCUUAAUCGAGAUCAUCGCCAGUCAUGUAACGCAUUCGCUGACUCUGCUGCUCAACGCGUAUCACAUGCUCUGCAACAUCGUGGCACUUGUUGGCUGCAUUGCCUCGAUCAAGUAUAGCUAUCGGGAGAGAUACAAUAACAAUAGCAACUGCAGUUCAGUGGGAAAUUCAUCUAUUUGCAUUAACGGGGAGGAACAGGGUUCUGUCACAUCUUUAUCAACGAAAACAAAGGAAUCAUGGUCGGACAGGAAAAUGAAAAACACAUUUGGAUGGGCCAGAAUCGACAUUGUCACGAUGCUUGUUUGCUGCAUAUUUUUGACAUCUUUUUGUUUCUCCCUAUUAAUGGAGGCAGUGCAGACAUUGGUGCACAUCGAUCAUCUGGAUGAAAUGCAUCACCCGAUGCCUGUACUGUGCAUCGGCGCUUCCGGAAUACUUCUAAACGUCUUAUGUUACAUUUUAAUUGGGGGAUUCACGUUUAAUCAAGGAGUUUUCCUGCACGUCACUGAGAAAGGAGACGUAAUACUAAGCAGGAAUGUGAAUUCGCAAGAAACAAAGAAUGGUGAGCAACAGUUGUCGGCAGAGACUAGACGAAGUCCACUAGCAAUACCAAAAAGCCAAGGUUUUAGAGAAAUGUGUCGAGAUGUUUUAGGAUGUGUUUUUGUCAUAUUAGUGUCGAUUUUAGUCUAUUUCACCGAUUCUGAUGUGGCUAAAUACAUCGAUCCGGUCUUCGCCAUUAUUUCAUCGAUUUCACUGUUCGUUCUUUGCUAUCCAUACAUGAAAGAAUCAGGUUUGAUUCUCCUUCAAACCAUUCCAAAUCAUAUAAAUAUCGAUUCUCUGAAAAGAGAAUUAUUAGAAGCUUUCCCGGGUAUCGUAAAUGUCCAUGAUUUACAUGUAUGGCAAUUAGCAGGAGAAAAAAUAAUAUCUACAGCACAUAUCAUAUUUUUAGAUCCAACGGUUUAUGCUAGUAUCACGGAUCAAGUCACCGCCUUUUUUGUCGAAAUGGGGAUUACGCAAGUUACUAUACAACCAGAAUUUCAUAAAAUAAAACCUAAUAUGGAGGAAACUGAUUGUUUGAUUCGUUGUCACGGAAAGCACUGCAGUUCCUCUCAAUGUUGCUCGCGAGAAAACUUCUUGGAGGAAGACAAGACGGAGAAGGACACGCACACGAUUAAUAGAAAGUAUGAUAAAAAGGAGAUAAUACCAGCUACAUGUGCAAUUAAUUUGGAGAAAUUUACUACUCAUACGGAAGAAACCCUAGUGCAGACUGCUCAGAGCGAUUCAAAAGCAGAAAAUUCUGAGCACGAUCCGACGAACGAAAACACGUCUCGGUUGAAUGGUGAUCAAGGCUAAAGCAUCGUAAAUAGUGACAUUCAAUUUCUAUGUGAUAACUAUAAUAUACCGACCGAAUAUCUACAAAUACCGGAUACCCGCAGCUACAGAUAACAGCCUAGUUUACAUUUUUUCCCUAUAAUGACACUAUAUCCUCUUUAUGUUGAAAACGAUGUCAUGGAUAUGGCAUAUCCAUGACCAAACUUCGACUUCUAAUAACUUUUAAAAUGACACAUAACAUAUAUUUAUUCGGUCAUUAACUCAAAUAUUAAAACCGCGGCAAACAAA